AACCCAGCAUCCGAUCGCAUCAUCUGAUUGCACAUUUCCUGAUUUGCACACUAUAAAAGACGCUACCUCCGUGGCAGAAGCAAGCAGGAGAGGGAAGGGGAGAGCAGGAGAGCCACCAGGACCUCUGAGAAGCCCAGAUACCAAGAGUAAAGAUGUUUCAAACUGGGGGCCUCAUUGUCUUCUGUGGGCUGCUGGCCCAGACCACAACCCUGCUGGAAGCCCUGUCUUUGCCCCUGGAACAUACCCUGUUUUUGGAGGUGACUCCAGGCCAGGACCCAAGUCCCACAGAUCUUGCUGGAGACUUAACAGAUGGCCUCAGCAGUGGCCUGCUCUCUGGGGGUCUAUUGGACAUUCUCGAAAACCUUCCACUUUUGAACAUCCUGAAGACUGGAGGAGGCACUUCUGGUGGCCUGCUUGGGGGCCUGCUUGGGAAAGUGACUUCAAUGGUCCCCCUCCUGGACAGUAUCAUUGAAUUGAAGAUCACUAACCCCCAGCUGCUGGAACUUGGACUUGUGCAGAGCCCUGAUGGUCAUCGUCUCUAUGUCACCAUCCCUCUAGGCAUAGUCCUCAAUGUGAAUACGCCCCUGACCAGCAGUCUGGUAAAGCUGGCUGUGAAGUUAAACAUCACUGCAGAAAUUUUAGCUGUGAAAAAUGAUCAGGGGAAGAUUCAUCUGAUUCUUGGUGACUGCACUCACUCCCCUGGGAGCCUGCAAAUCUCCCUGCUUAAUGGAUUUGCUCCCCUCCCUGUUCAAAGUCUUGUGGACAGUCUCAGCAGCUUCUUGAAUAAAGUCCUUCCUGAGCUGGUACAGGGCGAGGUAUGCCCUCUGGUCAAUGAGGUUCUCAGUGAGUUGGACGUCACCUUGGUACAUUCCAUUGCUGAGUUACUGAUCCAUGGGCUGGAAUUUGUCAUCAAAGUCUAAGCCUUCUGGGAAAGGGACCCGGCUACUGUUGAACUGCUUCCAAGGGCUCACAGAAGGCUGACCCAUGUCCUGGACAGUGACACGGCCACUGCUUGUGGACCAGAGGAGCUUUCUCUCCAAGGAAACCCCACUCUCCCUCCUUCCCCACCAAACAUGUGUUACAGCCCAUGUUCUUCACCAAAUAAAGUUGCUCUUUCUCUGCACCGGG